UCAUGGAAUCGGUUUGACAGCAGUUGGUAGAAAGAAAAAAGUAACGGUCCCGAAAGCCCGCAUUCAGUUUUGGCGCACAUUUCAUCCCGUCCGGAGGUGUUUCUGGCUCUGUCUGAACCGAAAUAAAGCAUCGCUUUCACUUUCUGCCCGUACGACAAUGGCUCCAAGAAAAAAGACAACGAAAAAGGCUCCUGCCAAACCGGCUAAUCCACCAGCCAGACGAGAAGCGCCAGAAUCACCAGCGGAAACUGUGCGACGAACCGAUCGGGGCGGCGGAGAAUUCCGCUCACUGCGAACGGGGGACGAACUUCGGAACGUAAUGGGCACCGAGACGGAUGAUUCCGUCAGCAACAGCGAGAAUGAGUCGUACCGCAGCAAUACCAUCCAGUCGCGGCCCAACUUCUCCUUCCUGCCGUCGCACAAGCAUUCCAGUCCGAACACCGACAAACGGACGCUUCCGACAGCCCAUCGUCUCACCAGCAUGUCCACCGUACCGAACACGGGUUUGGAACAACAGGAAAGUUCUUCCGCUUCGCGCACUCCUAGUGCCGGUUCGAACACCAACCGCAAAUCGUCACGAGCAGUAAACCGCGAAGCCAGCAGCAGCACAUCUAGCCAACGGCCGCAGCGCGAAGAACCCCAGCCAAGCAGUUCGAAGCAACCGCACAGCCGCAAACAGCAAAAACCCAACCAGCUGAAAAUGCUGAAGGACGUCAUCUAUCUGCAAAGCACGGUGCACAAUCUAAUUCCGAAGAUGUGCUUUGCGCGCGUGAUUCGCGAAAUUCUGAGCGAGUAUUCGAGCCGGGCGAUGCGGGUCACACCGGAGAUGCUGUACUGCUUGCAGGAAGCGGCCGAGAUCUACCUGGUGCAGUUGUUUGAAGAUUCGUACCGCUGCACUAUGCACCGGGAUCGGAUAACGCUGAUGCCCAAGGACAUGCAGCUAGCUUGCAUACUGCGGCGCAAGUAGUAGUACUUCUUAUUGACUUGACUCGAUUUGUUUUGUUUUUUUUUCGUUUUAUAUGCCAUAUUAUAUGUUGAUUGAAUUAUGAAUUUAGUAAGAGAAUUUAAAUAAAUAAUGUUACGCUGAACUCGAUGCGCGGGACGAUCAACCAAAGGGUUUCAACGCCGUCUAAUUUUAAUUUACAGUUUCCGAAAUUAAUUCCUUUUCGCGCUCCUCUACGGAGGGCGAUUCCUGCUGCAUAUGCUUGCCCAGCUCGAACUGAGUAAGAGAAACUUCACUGUCCAACAAGUCCAAAAAUUUUACGAACCCUUCAUAGCUUUCCGUGUCGAGGUUGAGUUUGUGAAGCAGCGGUUUCAGGACGUCGUAAUCCAGCGAACCGAUCGCGCCAAUGUACUUCAGCAGCACACCAUUCCAAUCGAAGCCUUUCUGCUCGGUGACCGCAUCUUCCAGUAACCUUUGCUGAAGCUCCUUUCGGGUGCUUUGUACUGCUCCGGAACGCGAAAGCAGCGUACGCAAUUUAUGCACAUAUUGAAGCGCUUUGUUGAUAGCCGGGGUGUCCUGAUGUUCCGCCUCCUGCGUAAUCAUGUCGUACCGGCGGCCGAACGGAGCCGAGGGACAUCUUUCCAGCCUUUUUCCAGCGGGCGGAAGAUUCGCUGCAUCCUUUCGGGCGCUACUUGGUGGUGGUGGCGUUUGCGCGGAUGCUUCGUGAUUAAAGAUUUUCCACAAACAUCCACCACUUCGGUCACUGUUCGAUCGUUUACCGUGCGUCAUCAUCAUGCUGCGAGUGGCAUCUCCCCCGUCAUCAGCAGCCGGGCUCAUCAUCUUGUCCCGGUCCGCAUCGUACCCGGGAAACAGUAUGUUGGAAAAGUUGCUUUCCACCUUACUUUUCGCACCGUGCGUUAGAUCCUUGAUCGAGCUUAGCGAAUCGACCGUUUGAAGGAAUUUCUGUCCACCGAUUGGUUCGUUCUGGCUCCGGUGCAGCUGAUGCCAUCGUUCCCGGUACUGCUGUUUCCUUCGGUUUCGUACGCUCAUUCUCGAGAAGGCGCUUCAUUUGCAGGCCUCCACCAUCGUUUGCUGACGCUGGCCUUGUGCUCGAACCUGCACCGGAAGGAUGGCUGGGAAACCCUCGGCUGUACUGUGUUUCGUAAAACGUUUCGUCUGUUUGAUGAAAAAUAUUAUCCAUCUUUUUGGAGGGAGCUUUUCUUUAGCCGACAACCUCAGCCCUUGGUUCCUUCUUUCUGAUGUGCGUUCAAACAGAUUUCAAUGCAUACUAUGAUUCGAGGCUUUCUCACUGCCCUCCGUUCAUGGCUGUGUGAUAUGUUUUAGCAAUACAAAACAAAACAAAACCCCUACAUCGGUUGGGGUACAUCGUUUAAGAUAUACAGCUGUGUUUGUAUAAAUAACCGCUGGAAUAACACACUACCGGUAAAACACUACCUCUUCUACUACUACAACUGCCCGUCCCGGACUUUGUUAUUACUUCUUUACAUACAUAUAUUUCCUCAAACUUAAUAUAAUACACAACAUGCUCUUUCGCUUACAUUUCAACCGGAUACUUUAACGAUGUGUUGUUGGUGACGCCGUCGUGUCUGUUAUCAUCGCUAUCAUAUGCUCACUAUCACACACUACUGCAACUGUUGUUAAUCGCUACUUUUAUAACUGUUUUUCCCCCCGCAAAUGAUACUAUUGAGCUGAUACUUCUCUUUGCUUCUUUUAGUGUGUGUGUGUGUAUGUCAGCAUUACAAAACGAGCAACAAAACUGUGCCGCUGUGUUCGGACAACUGUACAGUGGAAUAAAAAGGAGAGCCCGAAAGGACGUGAUACCUUCUCUAGCCCUCUCUAUGCAAAAGAAUACUUCCUGUAGAAUAUACAAUGAUGUCUAGAUUUUCUGGUUCCCUGUUUCAGGGGGGAUUCAUGCAGCUAUAGCAGUUCAUAGAGUUUAUAAAGACUGAGAGAUAGAGUAAAGAAGUAGAAAGGAUCGGUAGUAUUGUGUUGUGUUGAUAUUGCAGCAAAACGGUGGGACGUUACCCUUCACCGAGAUACUCUUCCAAAACUACGGAUGCCUACGGAGUAGUUUGCGUCAUAUAAAAUCGGAUACGGAUUUUGAUUGUUCUCUACAUUGAGCUGUGUUUUCUCGCCCUGAAAGAAGGAGGGAUUGUGUGGUACAUCUACUGUUAAUUCCCAGCGGCGUGUCUCGCGGUCGGUUUUGGGAUAAUUUUGGACAAGAAGAAAACUUGUUUGCACCGAAUCAAUCCUGUUUUCUAAAUGCAGAGCGCUCCCAUAUGCCUUACUAGAAUUCAGCUUCAGCUUCUACUUAGAUGCUAGGUUUGCUUUCCUUUAUUUAAAAAAAAA